UAAAAAAUAUAGUUUAUGUUUUAUUGUUUUACUUGAGGUCCGAGGAUGAUGUCAAAAGAAAUCAUCAAACUAAAUAUAGUAAUAUCAGUAAGAAAACUUGUUUUUAGUUUUUACCACAAACCGGGUAGGAAUGAUCCGAAAAGGUUGGUCUCGGGUCGAAAACUACGGGUUUUUUGUUCUCUCUCAUCAUCUUGGAGGUGCGUUUAGCAUGUGCUUAACAAUACAAUUUAGGGGGUUGUCUUUGCAAAUUUGAAAAGUUUAAACAGUCAGAGUUUAGGGUUUCUCACUUUCUCAAGAAAAAAAAUUAAAAAAGUAAAAGAUUUUCACUCUCAAACAAACGAUCAAUCUCUUAUAGUCCCACUCCAAACUCCAAAGACUCCUAUUUUCCUUAAAAUUCCUGAGCUUUAUUCUCCUUUUCAACUCACAGUUUGUCUUUCAAUUUUUUCAAGAUUUACAUUCGCAGAAAACAAGUGAAGCUCGCUUCAAAAAGAAUAGAAUAUACCAAAAUACUAAAACAUAAUUUGCUCACAAAGUAAGGCACUUUAAUGAAAUAGUACUGUGAGUGGAUUAGUAUGGAUGUCCAUGUUAUUGAUUCAGAAGACUGUAUGAGCCCUCAUGGAAUGUCAGAUGAUGGGGAUGCUGAACCCAUUGAAGGUGGAGAAGCAAAUCAUGUAGAGAAUUCCUUAGCCCAUGAUGAGGAUGGGAUUUCUGAGCCAUAUGUGGGCAUGGAAUUCGAUUCUGAAGAUGCUGCUAAAACUUACUAUGAUGAGUAUGCUAGACGUAUGGGAUUUAGCUCCAAAGCUGGUCAUAUUUCUUCACAGAAUAAAACUGAUGGGACAAUAGUUGCUAGGGAGUUUGUCUGUGGCAGAGAGGGUUUGAAAAGAAGGUCUGCUGACAGUUGCAAUGCAAUGCUUAGAAUAGAGUUAAAGGGAGAUAAGUGGAUUGUUACAAAGUUUAUUAAGGAGCAUAGCCAUUCAGUGAUGAGUCCUAGCAAAGUGCAUUACCUUCGUCCCCGUAGGCACUUUGCGGGUGCUGCAAAAACCAUGGCUGAUGGUUAUCAAGGAGUGGGAAUUGUACCAAGUGGUGUGAUGUAUGUUUCUAUGGAUGGAAAUCGUGUCUCCAUGGAUGCAAAUAAUCGUGGCGUUAGGAACACUCCUCCAGUAGAAUCAAAUCGCUCUUUUAAGAAUGUUGGGGCACUGAAUUAUGCUGUUAGGCCAGUUAACAGAAAAGGAACACUGGGAAGGGAUGCUCAAAAUCUUCUUGAUUAUUUCAAGAAAAUGCAGGCUGAGAACCCUGGUUUCUUUUAUGCAAUACAGCUGGAUGAUGAUAAUCGCAUGGCUAAUGUGUUUUGGGCUGAUGCAAGGUCAAGGAUAGCCUACAUGCAUUUUGGUGAUGCUGUGAAACUGGAUACGAGUUACAGAGUAAAUCAGUAUAGGGUGCCGUUUGCUCCAUUUUCAGGGCUGAACCAUCAUGGUCAGACAAUUUUGUUUGGUUGUGCAUUGCUACUAGAUGAUUCAGAGGCUUCUUUUGUUUGGCUUUUCAAAACAUUUCUUACUGCAAUGAACGAUUGCCAACCUGUCUCUUUAAUCACUGAUCAAGACAGAGUUAUACAGACAGCAGUGUCUCAGGUGUUUCCGGGUGUUCGACACUGUAUUAAUAAGUGGCAUGUUUUAAGAGAAGGCCCAGAGAAGUUGGCUCAUGUUUGUCAUGUGCAUCCUAACUUUCAGGUGGAACUGUAUAAUUGCAUUAAUUUGACUGAAACUAUUGAGGAGUUUGAAUUGUCUUGGAGUUCCCUUCUUGAAAAGUAUAAUCUUAGUGCACAUGAUUGGCUUCAGUCAUUAUAUAGUGCUCGAGCUCAAUGGGUCCCUGCCUACUUUCGGGAUUCCUUUUUUGCUGUAAUAUCUCCCAAUCAAGGAUUUGAUGGCUCUUUUUUUGAUGGUUAUGUGAAUCAACAGACCACUAUACCUAUGUUCUUUAGACAGUAUGAACGAGCAAUAGAGAAUUGGUUUGAGAGGGAGAUUGAAGCUGAUUUUGACACAACUUGCACCACACCAGUCUUGCGGACACCAUCACCUAUGGAGAAACAGGCAGCUAAUCUAUAUACACGGAAAAUAUUUACAAAAUUUCAAGAAGAACUAGUUGAAACUUUUGUUUACACUGCUAAUAGAAUUGAAGGGGAUGGAGCUAUCAGCACAUUCAGAGUCGCAAAAUUUGAGGAUGACAACAAAGAGUACAUAGUUACAUUGAACUACCCUGAAAUGAGAGCUAAUUGUAGUUGUCAAAUGUUUGAGUAUUCAGGCAUCCUCUGUAAACAUGUUUUGACAGUCUUCACUGUCACAAACGUACUCACACUACCUUCUCAUUACAUCUUGAAACGGUGGACACAAAAUGCAAAGUCUGGGGUUGGAACAGAUGAACGUGGUGGUGAAUUGCAUGGCCAGUUGUCCCUGACAGCACGGUAUAAUAGUUUAUGUCAAGAAGCAAUCAAAUAUGCAGAAGAUGGGGCUAUAGCUACAGAGACUUAUAAUGUUGCAAUGGGUGCUCUUAAGGAAGGUGAGAAGAAGGUUUCUGUUGUAAAGAAAAAUGUAUCAAAAGUUGCACCUCCUAGCUCACAGGCCAGUAGUGCUGCCUAUGAUGACAAGAAGAGCUCAAUGUCAGCUUCAGAUACAGCCCCUUUGCUAUGGCCACAGCAAGAUGAAAUUACACGACGGUUCAAUCUUAAUGACACUAGUGCUUUGGCUCAAUCUGUCUCAGAUUUGAAUCUGCCACGAAUGGCACCUGUUUCUGUUCAUCGGGAUGAUGGUCAUCCUGAUAACAUGCCGCUUCUUCCUUGUUUGAAAUCAAUGACUUGGGUAAUGGAGAAUAAGAAUUCAACACCUGGAAAUAGAGUGGCUGUCAUUAAUUUAAAGUUGCAAGAUUAUAGCAAGAAUUCAUCAGCUGAAACGGAGGUUAAGUUUCAGCUCUCAAGGGUUACGUUAGAACCCAUGCUGAGGUCUAUGGCUUAUAUCAGUGAACAGCUCUCUACCCCGGCUAACAGGGUCGCCGUCAUCAAUUUGAAGCUUCAAGAUGCCGAGACUACUACAGGAGAGUCAGAGGUUAAAUUCCAGGUGUCCAGGGAUACAUUAGGUGCAAUGUUAAGAUCAAUGGCCUACAUUCGGGAGCAGCUUUCAAAUGCUACUGAACCACAAGCGGAGCCUUUAUCAAAGAAGCAUAGGAAAUGAAGGCAUUGAAGUUGGGAUGAGUAGCCUAUCUCCAUCGGUGGCAUACCAUCUUUUAUGGUCAAGAAUAGCAUAGCAAGAUGAUGGGGAUGCUCCUACUUGUGGUAUGUGUGUUGAAUAGAUUUUUUUUACCCUAUCUCUUCCUCUGUAAUUUUUUGCGUUGUGUAUUAUAUAUGUACAUGUAAAAAAGUGAAUUCAAUCAUAAUGUUUAAUCUGACUUACACAUUUGAGAAAAAUAUAUCAUUCCUGUAAUGAUUAGGCUUUUAUGCAUUUUGUGGCAUGGCUCAUCUCUUGGGGGUGGGCAUCAGUUUGGUUGAGUGUCUAUUUGGGAUUUUCUAAACGGUAAAAUUCAGCAGCUAAAUCAGAGUCAUGAAUUUAUCUCAACUUGAAGGCUACAAGGCAAGUAAUUAGAAGAAAUAUGAAACGAAUUAUAAAGCCGAAAUUUAGUGAUUAACUCUGCUAUCACAAGCAAGAUUAUCAUCCGCUUAGACACGGCCAAUAAAGAUACCGGACCAGUGAUACUUGUUAACUUAUGCCUCACAGUCAGAACAGAGCACCCGGUUUUAUGGUAACGGGGAGAGCAAGUGAAAUAGGGAGAAUGUACCGAACGCACAUUUAUGCAAACAAAACCAACAAAAAGAGCAUUGAUGUUAAAAGUAACUCUUAAACUAUAAUUAAAUACUCUAUGUAAUAUUUGUAAAUUUUCUAAUAAAAUCUAUUAGUUAAUGUAAUGUGUACUUUUAAUAUGACGAACUUCAAAUUAUGAUAUAGCAAACAAACAAUCUUUUAAAAAUCACAUUAAUUAAAAAAAUUAAUAAUUCAAAUAUUACAUUAAAAACUUUUAAGCAAUCCAUAAUACUACAUGCCAAUCCCUUCCAAGCAAAUCCCUUGUGAAAAUUGCUCUGACGAAAACAUAGAAACGACGCAGAUAAAAUGCAGAAAACAAUUUGAUCAAUUUGCUAAGUUCCCUGCGUAUUCUGUUAAAGAUUAUAUAAAAAACAAAUAAAAAUUUAAAA